GUCAAAUAUAAAAGCAUGAUAAUCAGCAGGGAGGAGAAGGCCAGGCUGUGAGACAUGGGCUGCGUCUGCAGACUGGCUCCAUUUCUUGAAGCUGAAUGGGUGACAACUUGAAUCACAACGAGAAUUGUUUAAAGGGAAGUACGUGAUGAAGAGUUUCUUCAUGACAAAAAGAUAGCAGAGUGCAUCUAAAUGGCUUCUACUCUCACCUCAGCAAACUGAUGACGAAAAGAAGGCGACUGUGGGACCAUUCCUUUCAGCUUCCCUGAAUGAUGGAGGGAGAGAUAUUCACUGCCACUUUGGUGCCACCUGGAAACAUGACACCAAAUUCUAGCAUGACCCUGGAACAGAAAACAACGUUUGCCUUUGUGAUUUUGUUAUUAGUUUUCUUGGGAAUACUCAUUAUUCAUUGCUUCCGAAUUCUCCUCAACCCCUACCAGAGUAUGCCGACCUCAUGGGCUGAUGGGCUGGAAAAAGGCCAGUUUGACUAUGCUCUUGCAUAGAGACUGAGAAUAAUAGAGUCUUAUUUAGUGCUCUGAUAAGGAAAGAAAAAUCCUGGAAUGUCUGUUUAUUUUGGUCCUAGUUUAUAUUUUUUUUAAAUAUUGUAGGAGUUGCAACAUACAAAUAUGCACACAAUUAAUUUGAUUUUAAUUAAAUACCAAAGCAAGUUACAUUUUUCAAAGUAGAUUAGUGAAUCUCUUUAUUGGG